AUAUAUAGAAAGCCCAAGAUAUCGGUAAAGACCGUACCGGCUCUUCCUCCUAUAUCCAUGAUCAUCGGAAUCUGAAAUUCAGCAGGGUAAUCACAAGUAGAAAAUGCAGGGAGGAAGAGACCCUUUCUUUGGCUUUGGUGAUGGUUUUGGUCAUCACAGAAGUUUGAUGCCUAGUGUUUUCGGUGGGAGGGAUCCCUUUGAUGAUCCUUUCUUCCAACGCCCAUUUGGGGGAAUGUUGGAGUCCAGCUCUUUUGGUGCUAAUGGAGAUCCAUUUGUGGGCUUGAGUCCAAAUGUAUUCCAUGAACAGCAAACCAUUCAGCGCACUAGAUCUACGGGGCUUAUAAUUGAAGAGUUAAGCUCUGAUGAUGAAAAUGAAGAAGAGAAAGGGACAGAGAAGAAUGAUAAUACACGAAAACAGAGGAGAUCGAUUAAUGAGCCUUUUGUUGAGGUCCCAGAUGAUGAAAUUGGAGAGAGGAAGAGUAAGAAAACUCAAUAUGGGAAUGAGCAUGGGUGGAUAAAUAAUUUUCGACCACAGCACCGGGCUCAUAGUUUCACUUUCCAUAGUAGCUCAACUGUUACUUAUGGUGAUGCAAAUGGAACGUAUUAUACUUCAUCUAGAACCAGGAGGACAGGGAGUGAUGGUUUAACAUUUGAAGAAAGCAAAGAAGCUAAUUCAGCAACUGGUAAAGCCAAGCACAAGAUCUCAAGGGGAAUCCAUGAUAAGGGUCAUUCUGUCACGCGGAAACUCAACCCAGAUGGUAGGGUGGACACAAUGCAGACCUUGCACAAUCUCAAUGAAGAUGAACUUACAAGUUUCGAGGGGGCUUGGAGGGCUAAAUCUAAAACGCGUCUUCCUGGAUGGACUGAGGGUUUAAACACCCCUGGUGCCACAGGAGCUGGAAGGAGAGCUCAGAGUGGAGAACCAAGAAGGGGAGGAGGUUGGGCACUAUUUUCAAGAGCCAGAGUGCCCGAACCAAAAGCAUCUGGUAAAUUUAGAAGCUUCAAAGAUAGGAAAACUUAAUUGGCGUUGAAGAUACGAAACUUUCCUCUGGAGCUAAAUCAAAAGCAUCUGGUAAAUUUAGGAUGCCUUGGAUGAGUUUCCAUACAAAUUGCCUUCUGCUUCCACUUGUCAUAAGCCAAUUUUUUCUCUGCUUAUCCUACUUUUAGUCAAUAGUCUUUGCUUCUGUUCUUGUAUCAAGAAUUCACCAUUUUGAUCUAUAUACGUAUCACUUUUGCAA